AUGGACCACGACCAGGCGUUCUUCACUCUCCCGCAACAUAUCCAACGCCGCAUAGACGCCGCAUUUCUCUCAGCUAUCAAACACGCCCAUUCCUUGGAAGUUACCACAAGCCGUCACAGUGAUUUGGAUUCAGCAGAACCUCCGUUGAAGAGACGGAAAAUAUCGACGCACACUGAAUUGACUGUAGAUUCUGGAGGUGGAUUUAUCGUGGACAUUCCCAAGCGUUAUGUGGCCGUAGACAAUGGUCAAGGUGGCGGAGGGUUCAUCUUGAAUGACACUGAUGUUGCUAGAAACGGUGAUGGAGAAGGAGGAGGAGGAUUCAUAAUAGACGUCAAUACGUCUAAUACCUCUGCAGGGGGGUUUGUACGCGAAGACGAGCAAGAAAACGAGGGUGUUAAUGAUUCUGAACCGUUCUCCCUUCCAGAAGUCCAUGACUCUUCUCAAAUACCGCUCUCCUCCAUUCCUACAGCCCUCCAACUCCUUGAUCUACCUCCUGACGACGAACAAGUUCUCGCUAUCUUUAGAAACGCCGCGUCUGGAUGGGACAACCACGAUGGUUCUCGGACCGACGAUAAUUUAGCAGUCACGCGAGCGGAUUGGCGUGCAGUGUGUACAAUAUUACUUGAACCGGGUGUAGGCGAUGAUAGCAUGGCUGAUGGAAGUCGAAGGCAGUCAGGGAGCCCUGGAGGAGAUGGGGAAUAUGUGGAAGAGGAUGCCGAGGAUGAUGCCGAUAUGCGAUAUGACGACGAACCCGAAUCCGAUGACGAUUACAAACCUGGACCUUCCUCCGCAACAAGAUUCAAGUCCAGGUCCACCCGACGUCACUCUCCCGUCUCUGUUGCAGGCGGCAAACGCCGAACGCGUGGUACUCGUUUUAAAACUGCCGAGACUGAUUCGGAUGCCGGUGAAGAUACUGACGAUGAUCAAGAAAGGACUAACUCAAGGACCAGACGACUGACUGCGCGUCAGAAAGCCACUUGUCUGGAAGCAUUCAGAUUGUUCUUCCCCGACGCAAAGGACGACCUUCCAACGCGUAGGAUUCUGCUCGCUGAUAUUCAGAGAGUGGCGAAGCUGCUUGGGGAGAAACUCAAAGCCGAGGAGAUGCUAGAGAUGUUAGAGGUGUUUUCGACUACUCCAGAUAAAUCUAUGGAUUUGCAGGAUUUCGAGAGGAUGAUGAUUGAAGCGAAGUUAGCGUAA